AUGUGGCUAUGUACGAAGGGAGGACAACGUAUUACAAGUGACCGAUUGUCUCCGACACUGUCACAUGGACAUGCGCCGCGCGGCGGUGGCCUGGUGCGGCUGUGGGACCUUACCCACGUUGUGGUCGAGAUGGAGGUGGACAUAGUGCAGCGUGCAAUGAAUAAUCCAACCUUGCAGCCCAGUUCACCUGCAAUCCUCAUGAACACACAGUCCGCAAGCCAGAAGCCUGUUAGCCGCCAAUGCUGGCAUGUCGACCUCAACCGGGGCAUUGACAAGCACCCCGCCCUGCGCAUGCACUGGUAUGUCACUGAGAAGAAACAGAAGAAUGAAACCAUGCAGAUUGCUCUGUUUGGGAGGGCAAAGGACGGCAAGGGAAUGCAAGGGAGGGCAAGGGAGGGCAAGGGAGGGCAAGGGAGGGCAAGGGAGGGCAAGGGAGGGCAAGGGAGGGCAAGGGAGGGCAAGGGAGGGCAAGGGAGGGCAGAGGAGGAAAGAGGAGAGCAAGAGACGGCAGAGGAGGGAAGUGGAGAGCAAGGGGCGGCAGAGGAGGGCAUGAGAGGCCAAGGGAGGGCAAGCUGUGUAACUGACAUGGACGCAGCAGAAAACUUGGAGCAGGUUUUUUCUGUGCAUAUGGCCGCUCCUGCGUUAGCCGUGUUGCAGCAGCUCCGGAAGGACCUCAGCAAGCAGCAGGCUCAGAAGCUGCUGGACAACCACCGUAAAUUUCUUCAGCUGGGCACGUGCAGUUUUGGUCGGCGGGGUCGAGCAUCAUACGCAUUGCGCACGGAAGCCGAGGUGCAGCGUCUCUGCAACAUCGCGAACAUAUCCGGUCCGCAGGGUGCCGCAGAAGUCCGUGUGGCGCAUACACAUGAUGGCUGCAUGUGCAGUGACGUGGGCGAUACCGGUACAGCCGACACGUCAUCCAUGCAUAUCGAUUUACAACCAACCCGCGUUCGUGUUGGGAAUGCAGAGCCAUCCAGCAGCACCGGCCAACUCCGGGUGCCCCUAUAUGCUCGUAGCGACAUUAGCAACUGUGCUGUCGUGCCGCUCGAUGCCCACGCAACGUGUGUGGACUGCGUGCGACAUGGUCUCAUUGCCGCGGGUGCCACUGAUGUGCCUGCGCCUGAAAUUCUGCUGGCGACCGUGGUGGGCGCCAUUGCCGAGUCAUGGGAUUCGAUGCGCUUUCAAGUGCUACACGCCCAUGCCAGCAGCCUCCCCAGCACUUGCACGGCGACGCAAUAUGGUGAAGCCCUACAGCAGCACCGGCUGCUGCCAGGCGAUGUGGAGCUGGCAGUUCUUGCCCAUGCUUUCAACAUUGCGAUCACAGUGUUUGACCCGGCUGGGCUGCAGAUCUGCUAUUGGGGCUCCAGCUCAGCGCCAACAGAAGUGUGCCUCAUCCGGCAAUCGGGCCUCGCUGGCACCCCCUUGCCUUACCGCCUGCUGGAUAUGGUGCCGGCAGAGGUCAUGCAGCUGUGGAUCGCGGCUGCCGGCAGCCUGCGGGCAGAUACCGCCAUAGAGCUCAUCUAUGACUACGGCAUGGACGCGGGCACCGUCCUCAAGGCCGACCAGGACUUCGCGCGCUCGGUGCUGACGGCCGCGCAGCAGGCGCGAGCGUCGGGCGCCCUCCUGACCACAACCACGCCAGCCAAGCGAGCUGCUAGCAGCCCCGCCGAGCCAGAUUCCAGUGCCCCCGCCCGCACAGUGUACGUCGGCCAGUCCCGGGACCCUCAACGUCGCUUCCAAGCUCAUGCCCGCAACCCACCCAGCCGGAUGAAGGAGGACGCCAGCCGCUACCAACCCUUCCAUGACCACUUCUUGCUCACGCGCCUCAUGUCCACCGCCAAUCCUGCACUGGCCCAACGGAUGGAGGCCUUCUAUAUCGCGCAGUUCAAGGCUCGGGGGCCGGGCGGCUACAAUGUGCUGUGCGGGCCGCCUUCCGCCAGCCCGGCCUUCUACGCGAUGAGGCGGCGACGUGCAGGCAGCGCCCACACGCCCACCGCCGUCACAGUCACAGACGAUGACGAUGACGCCCCAGCCACGCUCGCCUAG